UAAACACCUAAACACAGUAAGAAUGGAAGCAGCAUCAGUGUGUUUGAUUUCGGCACUGCUGCUAAGUGUUCAGUUGGUAAUAGCAAAGGCAGCCAUUGCAAAGCCCAACUGUACAGACCAUUGCGGAAACAUAGACAUUCCAUACCCAUUUGGAAUGGGCAGCAAGGAGUGUUAUUUCGACGAAUGGUUUGAGAUUGAGUGCAACACAAGUGUCCACCCUCCUAGAGCAUUUCUAAGUAGAUUAAAAUUGGAGCUCAUUGAUUUAAGUCUUGGUCACGUUGUUAGCGUCAAAAGUCCAAUAAUAUCCUCCAACUGUUCCGGCAGAGAGAGCGAUGAGCCUAUCGACUUGACCAAAAGUCCUUUCUAUAUUUCCAAAGGGAACUCAUUCAUUGCAGCUGGUUGCAACAGCAGAGCUCUAUUGAUGGAUGAGCCGCUCCUAAGCGUUGGGUGUGAAUCAAGAUGCCAUGGCAAGGACAUUGACUUGCAAGAAAUGCUUCCUGAAAUUAUUACAACUAAUGAUGUCGUUCAAUAUAACAUAAGGAGUGAUUGUAAUGGCACAGAUUGCUGCAAGAUUCAAUUGCCUUCAGCCAUUCAGGUUUUUAAUCCAAGUCUCGUUCAAGGCACUGGUGGUUGCAAGCUGGCAUUUUUGGUUUAUGAAGAUUCAUUUCCGAUGCAGCUAGAUUGGAAUAUCAAUUCCACCCUAAUGAAAGCUGUUGACAGGGAAACAGCGGAAUGCUCCAAGUGGAAAACCGGCUAUGAUCCGAAACUCAUAUGUGAUUGCAAAAUUGGAUAUGAGGGAAAUCCUUACAUUGGAUGCACAGAUAUCAAUGAAUGCGAAAGUAACUAUCAUUAUUGCCAGAAAUUAACAAAAUGCGUGAAUACUAGAGGGUCAUAUAAAUGUGUGCCUGAUCCAAAAUGGGUCGUCAUUAUAGUCAUAAGUGGAUUUGUUGGAGUAUUGGCAAUACCCUAUGCUUGUUGGAGGCUGUACAAACUCAUAAAGAAAAUAAGGAGCAUCCUACUUCAAAGGAAGUUUUUUAAACGCAAUGGUGGUUUAUUGUUGAAGCAAAAGCUAACUUCAGGUAAUAGUAGUGUUCAACAAACCAAAAUAUUUAGUUCAAAAGAAUUGGAAAAGGCCACUGAUCAUUUUAGUGAGAACAGAAUACUUGGUCAAGGUGGGCAAGGCACAGUGUACAAAGGAAUGCUAACAGAUGGGAGAAUUGUUGCUAUUAAAAGGUCCAAAUUACUUGAUGAGGGAAAGGUGCAAGAAUUUAUAAAUGAGGUUGUGAUUCUUUCACAAAUUAAUCACAGGAAUGUGGUUAAGUUGUUGGGAUGUUGCUUGGAGACCAAGGUUCCUUUGCUAGUCUAUGAAUUCAUACCUAAUGGAUCUCUUUACCAUUAUCUCCACGACCAAAGUGAGGAAGCUUCAUUGCCAUGGGAAAUGAGAGUUCGAAUUGCUACAGAAGUUGCUGGAGCACUUGCAUAUUUGCACUCAGCAGCUUCUAUUCCCAUUUAUCACCGUGAUAUUAAGUCCACAAAUAUACUCUUGGAUGAGAAAAACAUAGCGAAAGUAUCAGAUUUUGGAACUUCAAGAUCAAUUGCCAUUGAUCAAACUCAUUUGACAACUCGUGUGCAAGGCACUUUUGGUUAUUUGGAUCCAGAGUACUUUCAGACUAGUCAGUUUACAGACAAGAGUGAUGUUUAUAGUUUCGGAGUAGUUCUGGUGGAGCUUUUAAGUGGGAAAAAACCAAUUUUCUCAAGUAGCUCACAAGAAAUCAUGAGUUUAGCUUCCUAUUUUAUUCUUUUGAUGGAAGAAAACAAACUCUUUGAUAUUAUUGAUCCUCGCAUUGUGGAGCACUGCUGUAAAGAAGAAAUUAUUGAAGUUGCUAAUCUAGCAAAAAGAUGCUUAAUUUCAAAUGGAAAGAAACGACCUACAAUGAAUGAAAUUGCGAUGGAGUUAAAGGGUAUUCAAGCAUCAGAAAUUAAGUUGAAUAUAUCAUUGAAAUUAUGAGGACAUUCUGGAAAAUAAUGAUAAUCUUGUUGUUUGCUAUGAGUAUGCUUAGAUUAUUGGAAGUUUGAUGUAUUUGACACAUUUUGUAUGUAAGCUAAGUAGAUAUAAACAUAAUCUUAAUUCCUCCUUCCUACAACAAUGCUUUCUCCAAUAUCCUUCGAGACCGAGAGACUCAGAAACUCCAUCAUUAUUCAUUCCCGUGCUCAUCACCUCUCAAAUCAUUUUGAAAAAGAAAUCUGACAGAACUGCUUUGGCUAAAAAAUUAUUUUAUUAAUUAUGGUGUACAGUCGUAGGAUGAGCCAAAAUGAGUCAAUGAAAGUGGGCUUGCUAAUAAAGACAAAUUCACUGUGUUCCCACUCCAAAGGAAAUGUAUAAUAAUUUCAACUCGAAUCUCCACUUGGAAGAUGCAAAGAAACAUCUUCAAUCUCUUCAUUUUCUUUAAAACCAGAUGUUAACUCUAGUGAGGUUCUCAAGAGAAGCACCAAAACAGAGUGAGAUGGCUGCAGAAUUUGUGUGUUUCAGUUUCGCUCUAUUGCUAAUGAUUCAGAUGGCUCAUGUCUUCCCUUCGGGAACAUCGGAUAAAACUUAUGUAAAAAGAAGAAAAAAAAUUACCAAGUAUGAAUUAUGCUUAUAUUUCUCGUUGGUUUCUUUAUUUUUAGAAAUGCUUUAAAAUUUUCUAUUUUUUUUUA